AUAAAUAUUUCACUAUUCAAUGUAUAUUAUUAUUUCCAAGUGUUUUAACAAUUCGAUUAACAAUGUCGCCACCGUCCAAAUUGGAACGCGUUAGCAAACGGAAAAUCCAGAAACGCCGUCACAAGAAAACGGACAAUCGCACCACCAAAAACACGCACAACGGCGGCGGAGCACCAACGGAACCCAUCCCGGUCAACGAGGCUGACUUUUCCUUAUCACUGUCAAACCACGUCAUCUCCACCUUCGCUAAAGACAAAAACCUCGUAAUCUCGCCCUUGUCUAUUCGGGUCUUACUAGGCUUGGUUGCAGCCGGGUCGAACGGCCCGACCCGGGACCAGUUGCUGGGUUUUCUCAAGUCAGACACCGUUGAAGAACUCAAUUCUUUCUCUUCAAAUCUCGUGACUCACGUGUUCGCCGAUGGAGAGCCCCUUGGCGGGCCCCGUUUGUCGAUUGCCAACGGCGUCUGGAUCGACCGGAGUCUCCGUUUGAAACCCUCUUUCGAAGAAAUUGUCCACAGCUCUUACAUGGCUGCUUCUGAUCAUGUUGAUUUUCGGACUAAGGCUGACAAGGUAAGGAAAAAAGUGAACGCAUGGGCUGAAAAGGAAACAAAUGGCCUGAUCAAGGACCUACUUCCACCUGGUUCAGUUGAUUAUAUGACUAGGCUUAUCGUCGCGAACGCAGUGUAUUUUAAAGGAGCUUGGUUAGACAAAUUCGAUACAUCGCAUACCAAAGACGACAAGUUUUUCCUCUUAGACGGAAGCACAGUUAAAGUACCUUUCAUGACCGACCGCAGAAUGCAGUACGUUCGCGCGUUCGAUGGGUUUAAGGUUUUGAGGCUACCGUACAAACAAGGUAAAGAUAAACGCAAAUUCUCAAUGUAUUUCUUCCUUCCGGAUGCCAAAGACGGGCUGCCAGCUCUGCUGGAAAGAGCCGGGUCCGAAUCCGGAUUCAUCGAGAGCCACCUCCCGGAGUAUAAAGUGAGUGUUCGCCGAUUUCGAAUCCCGAAAUUUAAAAUAGGUUUUGAGUUUGAGGCUUCGAGAAUUCUAGCGGGACUUGGAGUGGUGCUUCCUUUUCGUAUGGGUGGUCUGACGGAGAUGGUUGACUCGGAUAUUGAUGGGAAGGAACUUUACGUUUCCGGAAUAUUCCAAAAGGCGUUCGUCGAAGUGAACGAGCAAGGCACAGAAGCUGCGGCCGCUUCUGCUUUACGCAUGAUGGGAGGCUGUAUGAGGAAUAGUGUGAAGAUUAUUGAGUAUGUUGACUUUGUGGCCGAUCAUCCAUUCAUGUUUGUUAUAAGAGAAGAUGUGAGCGGGGUGGUGCUUUUCGUAGGGCAGUUACUUAAUCCGACUUGUUGAUGCUUAAUUUGAAGUAGUAUGUUACUUCAAGAAAAGCGGAAACGGAAGGAAAAAAAAUAGUGAUUUCAAGACAACUUU